AUGGCAAAACCGAAUGGUCGCAACUCUGGCGAGAUCGCACCCGUCGGCGCCGUCGAGGAGAGCAAGCGAGUCAAGCGAUGGGCGCCCAGGAGGAAGACGGGCUGCGUCACCUGCCGCCGGCGCAAGGUUAAGUGCGACGAAGCGAAGCCCAUUUGCGCCAACUGCGUGGCCACGCGACGGUACUGCGGCGGCCCGUAUUAUCAGGACUCGGCGCAGGCGACCGACAUGAUCAAAGACCUGGCCGUUGUCAUUCCGCGCUUGCGCGAAACGGCGCCCAGGAGCGUGCGGCCGACCAAUCACCGAGGUUGGGAGAUUACGCCCGAGGGAUGGGACGUUGUCGAGGCAUUCGAAUAUCAUUCUGACCUUGUUUCUCGUGCGCACGCAUUAGUUGGCCUUUAUACAAUACCACAUAGCGUCGCCAUGGAUGUCAUGGCGACACGGCCAGCUACGCCCGUCUCGCUAGCCGCGUAUCCUGGCUGCGUAAACUCGGAAUCCUUUCUCGCGCGCGUCAUUGCCGAUAGAAUCGUAUGGGUAUCGUGCUGUCAACGUACAGCACUCAGCCCCAGCACACUACAUGGAACAAGGGACCUUUGGCUCAAGUUUUACGAUCUCAUUCAAAAUCACUUGCGCCAACUCAACUACGAUCUUACACAUGUAGAGGGUGAUUUUUUGAAAUAUUUGAUGAAGAAGCGAAUCUUCGAAAGAAUAUGCGAUUUGAUGGAGGCUGAGCACAUUUUAUGCCUGGGUGGCUGGCGAGCCCACUUCGACGGAUACUUUGCACUCUUGAACAUGUUUGGUAUUCCAAAAUGCAUACCAACGGAAAAUCCAGUCUUUGUCGACAUGCUCCGAUCCAUGACUGUCAACGCAGUCAUCGGCAACAGCGUGUGCCGAGUCGACAAGCAAAUAUGUAGCAUAUACGAAUUCGACGACGCCGAGCUUGUAAAUCUGUUUGGACAGACGUGCUUUUCACCUUUUCCCUGUCCAAAGGCACUAUUUGCCGAGAUUGCGGCCAUCAAUCGCCUCAGACUUGCAGCCUCAAUGUGCAAGAUUGGUGCCAUUUUGCCAGACGCCAACGCCGUUUUCGAGCGGAUCAAUUCGUUUGACCCUGCAACCUGGAAGGAUACUGCCGAAUUUGAAAUACCACACACGCCAGAAGUGGUCCUAGUCGCCAGGAUAUUCCAACUCGCUGUCAGCCUAUACGGCAUACUGUCACUUGGGCUCGAGCACGCUGAUGCCAGUGCGCCGAAUUGGCCUGAUAUGACUACAACCACUGCGGAGAUUAUUAUGCUGAUGCAAAAGACACUAAAAUCACCGAAAUGCCUGGCCGUAAUGACUUGGCCUUCAGCCGUGGCUGGUGUCGCUGUUGCCGAUGGUCCGGAUGCGACCCGAAACCUUCUUCUUGAUAUCCUAGUGCGGAUCGAUUCUGAUGUUCUGGCCUACGGUAUCGCGGCACAUACCAUUGAACGGCUCCAGACUUUUUGGCUGACCAAGAAAACGGGCUGGGAAAAUUGCUGGAGCGACUUUUACCUCCUGUGGUAG